AUGGCAGACAUGGACGUUGACACUCCUGCACCCUCCAAAAAGGAAGCAAAGGAUGAUGGGAAGCAACGUUUCGAAGUGAAGAAGUGGAACGCUGUCUCUCUUUGGGCAUGGGAUAUCGUCGUCGACAACUGCGCUAUAUGCAGAAAUCAUAUCAUGGAUCUUUGCAUCGACUGUCAAGCAAAUCAAGUUUCAGCAUCUACAGAUGAAUGUAAUGCUGCAUGGGGGAUUUGCAACAUCUCACCACCGCCACUCCUUUCAAAGCACGCAUUCCAUUUUCACUGUAUCUCACGCUGGCUCAAGACGCGCAAUGUAUGUCCGCUUGAUAACCGUGAGUGGGAGCUCCAGAAAUACGGACGGUGA